ACUCCAGUUUCACCGUUGAGAAGCAUCAACAUAGUAACCCGGGAAAGGCAACAUCAGAGGCGGGUUGCGACAUUUCAUUCUGGGAAUCUCACAGCUGACCUGAAUAUCUGGUUGCCCGGACAAACCUUGAGACUAAAACAAUGGGUGCAUGCCCAGAAAGUUGCUAGCUUUAGUUGGCAUAACUGCUAGCUAACAUUGGUUCGCUAACGUUAGCUGGCUGCUAGCGUUAGCAAACAGACUGCUGAACGAAACUGAAGAAGUCCGGAGAAGUUAGGAUUUUCCCAUCACGAGCACGUCAGCAUGACUGUGGACAUAUAAACACGUCGGAUCGUUUCCCUAAAGGUGAAUGAGAGAGAUGAGGAGGAGCAGCAGGAGGACUGAGGUGUCUUUUAAAAGCUCUGCUCAGCAGCUCUCAGAUCACAAUGCAGGCACAGAGCUGACAACUGCAUGGAAAAGUUUGGCUCAGUCCAAAGCUGCUUUGCGGCAUAUAGAAAACCGUCUAGAGGCAGUUCCAGGGACGGGGGUUUUCCUGGACUCUAUCAUGGACCCCCCUAAGAAGAAAUCUUCUAGGACUGUCCGCUGCAGGGAUGAACAACAAGCUGAUGACAGUGGAGGGUCUUCAAAGCGCAGGGGGCGUAGUCAGCAGAGUCCAGAAAAGAGCAACUCACGCAGCCCACUGAGAAAUACCACCCAGGACAGCAAUGUACGCAGGAACAACAGCGUGGAGUUCAGGGAACCGCUGGCCUCCUACAGAGAGGCCACCCCUCCACCACAUCCCUCCUCUCAGCUGGAGGCCUACAGUCUACAGUCAGUGCCAGGGUCUUCGUACCCAUCCUCUCCUCCUCCUCCUCCUCCUCCUCCCUCGAAUCCUCUGCUCAGCCAGCUGGUCUACCAGAGAGACACCAGGGAGAAACAGACGGACAGGGACCUGGACAGCACACACUCCUCAGCUCUGGAGAGCACAGAGGUCCGCUACCUCAAUGACCAGUCAGCCCUAGUCGCCCUGAGGACUGUUGGAAACCAGUCACAUCUCACAAGCGUAAGGGUCCCAGCAAGGGAGGCUGCUGCGGAGGAAAGCACUCCCAAAGCACAACCUGGCAUGGAUAACCAAGAGUCAAGCCCAUGUCUAGCUCCAGCCCUGGACUCCAUACGCCGAGGGGAGAGCACUCCCUCCACCAGCCCUGGCUCAGCUUCCCAGCGGCUGGAGAACCUAAGGAGACAUCAGCCCGAUGAUAAGCUGGAGAAGCUCAAAGAGCGCAUUCGCAGGCAGAGACAACAUCUGGAGGAGGCUGCAGAGAGAGAGAAGCUGCUGGGUUAUCUGGAACAGCCCAUUGUGGCAGCUGUGGGAAGUAACAAUGCUGGAACAAGCAACAUGCCCACAGCCAAAAUACGGAAAGUAGCAGCUGCACCGCCUGCACCUAUAUACAAAGGUUUCAACAGUACUGAGACAAAGAUCCGAACUCCUGAUGGGAAGGUUUGGAAGGAGGAGGAGUUUCACAACCUCAGCAGAGAAAUAUACAAAGACCUGUCACGGCAGUUUGCUGAGAGCACCAGAUCCAGGCACCAGCAGCAACAGAGAGCAGACAGGUCCAAAGAGAGGAGGCCCCCCAAACCAGUCAGGAAGGUCCACAGAGCUGCCCCUUCCUCUGACCUAAAUGCAAAACCAGUGAUAAGUCCUGCAUCGUGGCGAGAGGGCCAAAAGCUGGUAAAGAUGGUACUUGGUCCAGUUCCCAAGCUGCCCAGGGAAGAGGACAGACCCUAUCCAGCUGACGGACCGAGUAGAACAGCUUUCCGGCACCGUUCCAGUUCAGACCCGCGCUCAGAAUCAAACCCACGGUCUCGCCCUCGCAGCACAGAAAGGCCUCGUAAUGGAUUUCAGGGGCAGUCCAAAAGCCACUUCACCACCACAUCUACUCCCUCGUCUGCAGAUCGGGACAAGGCCCCAGUGGGUAUAAGCACGGACCUGUUGUCAGCAGACAUCCAGGGGAUACUUGAUGACCUUCAGCUGGAGUGCAAAGCAGCUGAGAGGGAGGAAAGGAGAGAGGAAAGGGCCCGGCAAAGGUCCCGGGUUGGGAGCAGUGGAAGGAGAGGGAGAGGGGGAUCAGGGUCACGGACAAGGAAUCCAGUCUCUGUUUGGGGAACUACUAUGGCAGCAGGUCACUCCUCAAGAGGCUGCCGCAGCGCCAGCCCCACUACACACCAACCAGAGACUGGCAACACAACGGACACAGGCCACAAAAAACGACACUAUGAUGCAGAUACUGUUCGCCAGUACAUUUCCAGGCAGAAAGAGGAGAGAAAGCGCCGCCAAGCAGAAGAGAAGAGGGCACAGAGGGAGGAGGCAGAGAAGAGAAACCAGAGAUUACAGGAGCUCUACAGGAAGCAAAGAGAAGUAGCUCAAACCGCAGCCCUUCCCAGCGAGGCACCUGUGGCCCCUGUACAAAAGCGCCUACAGGAGACCUACACCAAACUGCUGCUGGAGGAGGCCCAGCUGGGCGAGGAGGCCACACAGACACAUCCUGCUGUUCCUUGUAAUCAAAUGAGACCAAUGUACCAGCCCUCAGGAGAGUCGGACAAAGAGAACAAAAGACUAGAGGCACCACAGAGUCCCUCAAGCAGCGACAGGUCUUUGAAUGAUCAGCCACCUCCUCCGUUAUCCAGGAGUGAUCUGGAUAUUGGAGUUGCCUCUUUGCUUCAGCCUGACCGUCUGAGUCCAGCUGUUCGACCUACGACCGGUCCCAGAAGCAGUACGCUAGCCCCUUUUGGUGACCAUCUCCUCUCUCGGCUUCUCAGGCUGGAGAGUGCGGUCGCAGCUGGUGACAUCAAUCACACCCAACGGCCAGCCACAUCACCUUCCGACAGGUCGCGGCGCAUUGAGGCGCUCAAGGCCACAGCCGCAUCCCUCUCCAACCGUAUAGAGAGUGAGGCACGGAAGAUCGCUGGGGAGGGGAUCAACUACGGUACAGCGACUUCAAUGGACGUGGAUACUAUUUUGGCUCCUAGGCCAUCUCAGGCUAAUCUUGAUGAUGGAUGCUGGGCAGAAACAGCUUCCACAGAAAAUAAUGAUGUGGCGCUGAGGAUCCAGAGGAUUUUGACUAGCACAGGUCAUAGUUCAUAUAAUGGCACAGCUCUUCCAGGAACAGGCAAUCUGCACGCCCUCAGGGGACAGAAAGAAAGGAAGGGUACACACACCAAUCCUCAAACAACUUCCCCUGAUGUAACAGGCACCAUUCUUAACCGUUAUACACAUGAAAGGAGGAAGCUAGUCAAUGGCUUGGAAAAGGUAGAAAGAAUGGAUAAAAUGGCACAAAGGAGAGGACAUGGAUUGAUGGAGGACAAGAAUCGGACAGAUGUCCACGACUCAAGUGGUUCCAUCAGUGAGGGUCCUCUUCUGAGUGAAGGGAGUUUUUCUGAGGAUGAAGCAAGCCCUUCUCAUCCCUUCAACAAUCGUGCUCCUAGACCAGUAGAUCGCCUGCAGGCAGUGGACUACUGUGCACGUCAAAGACGGGAUUACCAGCGGUUGGCAGAGUUCCAGAGGGAGGCGGCCAGGUGCUCCGCCCUCAGCUCACCCUUUACGCAGCAUGACGGCAGCAAAGAAGCGUGGGAGGAGCUGAACAAAGGAAGCCCUCUAAGCGUUAUCAACAUUUUCACAAAGAACCUUCAGGGCCAUGCUAAAGCGGGUGAGAAGUACUCUCCCUCUGCCCAUUCUUUGCACUCGGGAAAUGGCCCCGUAGACGCCGCAGCCUAUGAAGAUGACUUUGUGUCAUCACAUAGCAGCGGAGCCAGUGACCAGUUAAAGAGAGACUCAAAUUCACGCAGCGUGAACAGUCAUUUUGAGGAGCUGAUGAGGAGGUCCCCUUAUGAGAAUAGUACAGGAGGCAUCAAUUCCCACCAUUCAUCCUUUCACUCAUCUAUUCACUCACCGCAUCUUUCCUCUCGUUCACCACCUGGCCCCUCACCCUUCUCUAAGCACUCUACCAAAAAAAGAGGCACAGCAUCAGACCAGAGUGAUGCCACUCUGGUGGAAGAGCAGAGGAGCUCCUGCUCGCCUCCCUCAGAGGUUUUGUCUUCUGACUCCAGGAAGAGGGGCUCAGACAAAAGCUCUGCCAAUAGUCAGGUCAAGAGUGUCCACUCUAAUGACACUUCAAGGGAAACUUCUCACCACAGUUUGGGACUUGACAGUAACAAUUCUUCAGGAGCCAGACCCAAACAGGCUUCUCCUUCUGGCUCUUCAGACCCUGGUUCUCCUCCAGGAGCACACUCGCCCAGAGAGCCUGUGAGAAGUGGCUCUCUGGGGGCAAAUAACGCAAACACCACAGCUCGCAGUGGUAGAGCGGAGACUAAGACCACAGGUGAGCUGCAGUACUCACCUGCUGUCUUGCAGCAGCGUAUGGCAGCAGAGCUCCACUACCUGGAGUCCAUCGAGGAGUCAGUCCGACAGCUGGGGGACGUGGAGAGGCUGAUGGGUGUGUCCAUGGCUCAGCAGGAGAGUGCAUCAUUGGCCCAGAUGCUCAAGGCCAAGCAGCAGAGCCAUGAGCGUGACCUGUACGAGUUGAAGAUCAAGGCUGAAAGGGAAGCACUGGAGACACAGCUACAGCUGGAAGAAAACAGACAGAGAGUGGCCAGGGCUCAUAUAGAACUGCAGGAAAGCUUGGCAGGAACUCAAAAAGAGACUUUGGAGGGCCUCCAGGAGGCAACUACGAAGAUGAUGAGUCAACAGGCUGAGGCAGCACGGUACACAGUCGACGCUGCCCGACACAUCAAGGAGAUGACAGAAAUGGCACGGUCGCAGAUAGCAGGAGCUCUGGUGGCACCCCCUGUUCCUGCUGAUUCCUCCAUGUUGGACCAGCGGGAAGAAGAGCAGAGCUCCUAUUCAGAGCAACGACAAGAAAAAAUUGACUCUGACAGCUUCCAAAGUGAGGUGUCAAGCAGAAGGAACAGGCCAGAGGAAGCCUUGUCUUCACUGAACAGCCUGAGUCACUCUGACUCUCUGACCUUCAGAAGACCCAACCUCAGUGGAGCAGACUCAAGUAGCCACCGUAGCCCGUCACAAGUCUCCUCAGACCACAUAGAGCGGACGAAAAAAGAUGCAGUAGAGGGGAAAUGGAGGAAGGGUGGAACUGUUGAGAGGACGAACAAGGAAGCAGGCAGCAGCUCCAUAGAGGAGGAAGUUCUUACAGCAGCAAAUGACUCCCUCUGCAGUGACAGCAUCGCCUCCGUAGUGGAUGAGAAAGUAGAUAGUACAUCAGUGGCAACAGAGUACUCUCUCAAGUUUGAUGAGUCCAUGACAGAGGAUGAGAUAGAAGAGCGCUCCUUCCGAUCUCUCUUGCCAUCUGAGGCGCACCGCCGUGGAACUAUGUCCCGCCAUCAUGAAGAAUCAGAGGAUGAUGUAGCCAAUCACAACACUACAUUGGUUUCAGGGGCACACAAUAUCUUAAAGCCUCAGGAUGCAAACAUGGCCUUUUCUGGCGGGCAGGACAGCUUUUCCCAGUUCACCAUGGACAUGGUGCGUCAGUACAUGAAGGACGAGGAGGUAAGACUGCAGCACCAGAGCUCUCUGCUGCGUCUUCGCCAGAAAGCCCUCAAAGAGAAGACCAGGACUGAGCUGGCUUGGCUAGAACACCAGAAGAAGAGGCUGAGGGACAAGGGAGAAGAUGACAAAAUGCCCCCCAUCAGGAAGAAGCAGAGGGGCCUUCUGAUGAAACUACAGCAGGAACAGGCUGAGAUCAAGCGACUUCAGGAGGCCAACAAAGCAGCCAGGAAGGAAAGGCAGCUGUUGCUGAAGCAGCAGGAGGAGAUUGAGCGGAUGAGAAACACUACGCUCAGACUGAAGGAGCGUCUCAAGUGUGCUGGGGGUGAAGCACCACCUGAGACGGCUGCAUCAGAAACCCCUGUGUCUGAGGCAGCCUCCACCAGCAUGAGAUGUGCUGAGGAGAUCCGCAGCCCCUCUCCCUCGCUCUCCAUCUCUGGAAGUGAGACUAGCAGCAUCAUGCAGAAGCUCAAGAAGAUGCGCUCUCACAUGGAUGAGAAGUUCCUCACAAAGCGAGAGCAGCAACUGAUGCAAAGGCGUCACCAUGCCGAGGAGUUGCUGCAGUGGAAACAGCGACUGGACCAGGAGGAAGCAGAGGUCCGUAGGAUGGAAAAGGAAGCCCUGGCUGUAUGGGACAGACAGACACCUCGGGACAAGGACAUAGCAGAGAGUCAGAAGAAGGAGGUCGCCUCUAUUAGCCCCAGUCACCAUCAAAGCUCAGAGCCCAGAACUGACAGUGAGAAAGAGUAUGUCAGUGAGGGUGACUGUUCCUUGGUGACACCUGAGUCCAGUAUACACACAGAGGGACUGGUGUCCCAGCAGCCAGGAAGCCCAUCUUCAGUACAGCCUGUGUCGAUCCAUGAAACACCUUUGGCCUCCGUCCAGACCAUGCCUGCAGAUUACACCCAGGAGUUCACAUCAGCUUCCCAGUCACCUAGUAGACAAUCUCCCCAGUCUCCAUUCAAAGGCAGCCACAGCCCUGCAGCCUUUCCUUCAGACGGCAGCAGCAAAACCAAGAUGCAGCUUCGCUCCUCCUCCCGGACCGCCAACCAGGCCCACACUCAGCCAAGUGACUCCCCCAUGGCCACACAGACUGAACCCAUUUCAGACCAGAGUGACAUAGAGAGCCGAAUCAAGGCCCUGAAGGAAGAACUCAGAAAACGAAAGUUUAUGGCCUACCAGCUGAAGAAAGAGCAGAAGAAGAGGCACAAGGAGCGCCUUAAGGCACAGGAGGCCAGCCUAUUGAAGCAGCUGGAGAGCUAUGACAACUUCAUCGAGAAAACUAAGGCAGAACUCAACAAGGAGCCUGACUCAACACCUGAUACGAAGUCCCAGAUAAUAGAUUCCACCUUGAUCGCAGAGCAGUCUAGUAUUAAACCACCUGCUGACAGGUCUGAAACCAGCAAAAUCUCUGACUCUGAAAGAACACGGAUUGAUGGUUCAUUAGAUCACAAUGCCCUUCCUCCACCUGAUCAUAGUAGAUCAACAUCAGUGCCUGAAGAAUUGUCUGAUGAAGACCCACCGACAGUCACUCCAACCCCAGUACAUGGCAGCCCAGAGUGUCUCACCUCAGGGCAGAGGAGCCGCCUGUCCACAGUGGAUCUUUUAAUACCUUCCUCUAAGGAAGGCCAGGCACAGAUGAUUGAGCCUGGGGAUGAGAACAGUGUGUCUUACCAAAGAUCUGACAUUCAAGAAGAGCUGGAAGUAGAAGUAAACUCCACGUUAGAGGAUCGACAUUCUGAACGUCUUCUCAAGCUAGAGAAGGAAGACAGACUUGACUCCCAGGAGAAGUUGUCUACAUCCAAACAUAUUUCCUCUUCCAUGAGUGAAGAACAUCGAUAUUCUCCAUCUGUUAGCUUAGAACAAGAUAAACAAAUAAAGCCAAGGGAAACCUCUGAAGCUGAGGAAGCUGUAAAACCCAAUAUUAUUGACUUCUCUUUAAAGAACGGGUCACUUAAAAAGGAUGUUGAGGUGUCUUCUCCCAUAGCUGAUGGCUAUCAUGAUGACUUUGAGUCAUCAGUAGAUUCUUCACCCAGGGAGGAGCAUCACAGUUACAAGCCAGCCUCUCAAAUCUCAGUUCCUGAUGAGAUCAAGGGCUCAACAAAGGACUCACCUAGCAGAUCCAUACCAUAUGACAGCCAGGAUGAGGAGGUAGAAGAGGAAAUAGCUGAAGAACCGAGUCACCAUUCAGGGAUUAGUGGAGAUAGCCACCAAUCUGGAAGACUGCUAGAUCUUCAUAACCAAACAGACUACUCCAAACAUGACGAGGACCUUGUUAAUUCCAACCACUCACUACCCAUCUCUCCUUUGCAGACCCCUCUCUCUCCUGUUGUAGAUGAAAUGCCAAGCUUUAACAUCGGAGAUCGGGUUCUUGUCGGUGGUGUCCAGCCUGGCACUCUGAGAUUCAAAGGUCUGACCAGCUUUGCUAAUGGCUUCUGGGCUGGUGUGGAGUUAGACAAGUCUGAGGGCAGCAACAACGGCACUUAUGAUGAGGUGGUAUACUUUGAGUGUAAUGAGAGCCACGGUAUCUUUGCUCCUCCAGACAAGAUCACACACCUGCCAGACAAGUUUGAGUUCUACACAGACACCACGGAGGAUGAGGACUCAUUCUUUGAUGAUCUGUCGGGUAAAGGCGGGGAUAAACAUAAAACAGAGGAGAACAAAUCCCAAAAACAAGGAAAUAUGAAGAGUAAAAAUGAACAAACCUCUCGUGAGGUCUAUGGGCCUGGAGAUAAAACCGUUACGGAUGAGUCUGUUUACAAAAACCAGGCCCCACUGAAGGCCGUGUCCCACCUCAAUUCACAGCAUUACAAAGAAUCCAAGCUUCCCAUUUCUAAUGGCAACAUCGGGGACAUCAUUUUGGAUUUUGAAGAUGCACCAACCACCCUCCUCAUCUCUGACUUGAACAAGAGUAAGAUUACUACCCUUGUUGAGAGAGAAGACGUAGACUCACAACAACAGUUUACUCCUGUGGAUCUUUCCACAGGUAUCAGAGAUGAUAAGGAUGAACAGAAGGACAAAGACCUACUGGACACAUUUGCAGAUAAGCUCCUCAACAACUUUUUGAAAGACACUGUGAAGCAGUUUGCUGAGAUUAAAAAGGCUAAAGAGCAAAAGAUAGAAGCUGCCAAUCAGAUGAAUGGAGUCCCGUUAGGCGAAAAUGUUAAAGAAGAAUGGUUCUCUUCAGUGGAGCAAAAAGAUUACCUACCCUUCUUCCUACCUGCAGAAAAAGAGGAGCUGUCUUCUCCUGAGCUGUGUAACCGACCGGAGAGUCCAGUGUUGGGGGCCAGCGGUCAAGAGGAGCUUGCCAAGCGACUAGCAGAGCUGGAACUGAGCCGUGAACUGCUGGAUGAGCUAGGUGACGAUCAGGACUGGUUUGAUGAGGACUUUGGCCUCAGCUCCCGCCGAGAACAGCAGAGACUCAAACAAAAACAGAUAGAAGAAGAGGCAGGGCUAGGGAGGUCUGGCUCAUCAGCUGGAGCAGCCCUGGGGGGGCUGGUUUCAUCACCAGGUGGGGAACCGCAAAUAAAGACUCCACCUAGACCUGAGCUACCGCUCCCCCUGCCCCCCAAACUACCUGAGCAGCCUGCCAUGGUGGUGCCCCACUCGGCCACAGAGGUGGAGAAGAUGGUCCACGCUGCCACUCAGGAGAUCUGGGAGAGCUGUGGCCUGGGGAAGGAGGGAGCCCCGACCCUUGCACAACUGCCAAACCCCAAACCUUCACAAGAGUACCUGGGUAAAGAGGCCAGCAGCCAGGACCAGGAGGCCCUCUGCAUCUGCAGCUACAGAAAGGCUGUGUAUGACCUGACAUGGGAGAUGCUUCAGGAGAUCUAUGCUGAGGACCCAAAUGCUGAUCAGCCUCAGUGGGUCAGACCACGUCGGGUCAAGUCCUCCUUCUUCCACAGAGUAAAAACACCAGGGGACAUCACCAAAGUCCAGGAAUUCAUCACAGCAGAAGUACUGAAAAUGUACGGCCUGACAAAAGAUCAGAACCAGAAGACUGACUGGCAAAAGAUGCUGAAAUUUGGCAAAAAGAAGCGGGACAGAGUCGAUCACAUACUGGUUCAGGAACUCCAUGAGGAGGAGGCCCAGUGGGUCAACUAUGACGAGGACGAGCUGUUUGUUAAGAUGCAGCUGGCAGACAGCAUCUUUGAUGCUUUGCUGAAGGACACUGCAAACGUGCUGACGCUAAUCUAUGACAAGAGGGCCAAAAGAGACACCCUCUCCUGACAGCUUUCCUGCUUAGAUUUUAAACUACAACCUCUAUCUCAAUCCCAGUCUUUCCUCUCCCCAGCGAACUCCAGCCAACCUACCGCCUCUCGGUCUUCCACCAGCUGAUGUGCCAACAGCAACCCUCAGAUGCCUUCAGUCCCAGCAUUACCUCUCAGCUAAACAACUCCUACUUGUUUCUGUUAUAAUUCUACACACAAAACGCCUUUUGAGCAAUCCAGCCUUCUUAAACCUUACCACCAUCUAGUCUCAGUGCUCACCUCCUGGACUGGUCCUUUUAUAAAUGCAAGUUGCAGAAAGAGUAGAUGUUUUGAUAGGAUUUGUUUGAAUUUAAAGUCCAUUGAUGCUGCUAAUUUGAUUGCUCCAUAUGGGACUGUAAUAUACAAUCUACCUGAAACAAAAGUAGGUUGUUAUAUUUUGUAUUGGAUCUUAAAGUAAAUAUAUAUAUAUAUAUAUGGAUUCAAAAAUUGUAAUAGAGUAGUAGAUAAAGAAUAUACAGCGCAGUCCAUAAGUGGUUUGACAGUGACACACUAUUGUGUUGGCUUUGUAAUCCAGUACAUUGAAAUUAAACAAAGACUAUGAGGUUAAACAUUUAGCUUUGGGUUUUUCAUCCAUAUUGGGUGAUCAGUUUUCAGGUCUCUAAACCUGUCUUAAAUUAAAGAACUAGCUGAAGCCUAUGGCCCACAGUUAGACUGAGGUCAGGUUGCUGUUUGGCCCUUGUUAGCUCAUCUCAUAUGUUUACUAUAAUUUUUGGAAGACUAUCUAUAGAAAAAAUCCAAGACUGUUUAUCCAAUAUGGAUAUGAACAAACCCCCUUAAAGCUGUGAGUCAGCAACUUUAUAACCAUUGUUGAAGUUUAAAUCCAAUGUGCUGAAAGAGAGCUAAAACACAUGAAAUGAGUCACUGAUCAAAUGUUGUCACACUGCGCUAUAUUGAAAUGUCACUGAGAUCAGAUAUUGUAUGAGAUAAUUUGCCUCCAUAAUUAUUGUAUUUAUUGUGUGAAAAUAUUUGAUUAGAGGAGUAAGGAACAUUUUGAAUUGUAAAUGAUCUUGUCAAGAUAUACAGAGCAGAUUUUAACAUCUAAUGAAAUCGUAAAAAGCACAAACAGAAAUGUGAAUGUGAACAUGGCAAUAUAUUAUGUAGGAGGUUUAAGGAAUGCUAUUGAAACCAGAAAAAAAGAACAUGGAGGGGAGGGGAGGGGGGUUUAAUAUUUAGUGUUAGUAAUUAAUUCAAACUGUUAUGUAUGUAUGAAUGAAUUGUUGCCACAACUGUUCAGUGUGUCAACACAAGUCCCACUUUCAUAGUAUGUUAAUAUUUUGGCGCAGACACUGUGAUCUCAUACAAACAGCAAAGAAAAUGCUUGUCCAAUGAUUUGCAGUUUAUUACUUUAUUUUGUGCUGUAACUUUUGAACCCCAUUCAACAUUGUUUUCCGCUAUUUAUUUUUUCACAGUUUUUAUUAUUUUGUGUUAGCGUUUGGGGGAAAAACGUGUCCAUCAACGCCAUGUUCAAAAAUCAAGUAAUAUUACUAUCUAUGCUGGUGUUUUUUUAAGAUUUAAUUCGGUCAAACACACUACGUACUCAAAACAGACAUAAUGCAAGUGGGCCAGAAAAGGCCUGACUUGAUAUUUUUAGAAUCGCGUCAUAGGGCAGUACUGAAAUGCUGGAUUUGAGCCUUACUUAUCCUACAGUCAUUUUACUUUCUAUGACCUGAGAGAACACCACUUUCUUUUUCAUCUGCCCUGGUAAAGGUUGCUAGCUGAACAUUUGCCAAAAAAACAUCUAGUUGUGUAGCAGCAUGAUUACGUGCUCCACUUGCUGCUGUGAAACAUUGGCUUCAUAGCAAUAAGCAAGUUCAGACUAGCCGUCUGAAUGUAGCCCAGCGAUGUGGAGGUCUUUAUCAACAUUCAGUUCAAGUGCCUCUUUAAGUUGAGUUUUGGAUUUAUAACUCUCAACAUCCUUUGGACCUAUUUUCUUUGAAUGUCUCUUUGAACUGAUGAUUUUUAAAUGGCCGCUCUUCCUUCUAACCGGUUUGCCAAUACUUCAGUUUCUGCCUUAUCAAUCUUUCUGUAUUGAAGCAGAGAUUAGGAAGUGUUUUUUGUUGUUGUUUUUGUUUUUGUUUUUUAAACCUUCUGUUUUUCCUGUGCCUCUGCCUGAGGAAAUGUUUGUAAAGGAAUCGCUGACUCACCCUAAAUGUCACCUGCUUCUUGUCCACGUCAGCCCUGCCUCUGUGCAUAUAGACACAGUUGAGUCAUUGAUAAACUGUAUCAGGAACUAGUUUGUGGACACACACACAGUGGCUCCAGCACACAGGCUGCACAGUGGGAGUCAUAGAGCUGAUGAGGCUGAGCACGUAGGACUGUAUCCAAGGGCUUAUUUGGGUCCUCACUGUCAGCACCGCUUUGAUCCAACAAACUGUACAAAGUCAUUGUGGCAUGUGUGACAGAGCUAGUUAAUGUUCACUGACUGUUUGGAGCUAAAGUGACCUUAAACUGAGUACUUAGUCUUUUUUUCUACCGUCAACGUUUUAAGAGUUGCUAAGGUGUAUGUUAAAACUGUAAAUCAUAUAAUGUAGAAAAAGACCAAAAACAUUUGACACCAGUCUCUCCAUGCUGUAUGACUUGUAUGUCUGGUCUGUAGGCAUAUGUAACUGUAAUGGUGAUAUGAUUAGUACCUUAGAAACACUUUCUGCAAGGCUUUAUUGCAACCCCCCUUGGAUUGUCCUCUUGAAUUGAUUGUAUGUGGGAGGAAGUUCCCCUUCUGUAACUAUGCAGUACUUGGUCUUAUGCAUUGCUUGUAUAUGUAUCCGGAUCACAUAGCUUAGACUUCUGCCCUAGUCUGUAGAUUUAAAAACACCUUCAAGAUGCUUGAAGCUGUUUGGUGUAGGGUGGAGUUGAUUGGAACUUGAGUUUAGCACAAAAGAUUUGAUCAUCAGAUGAACCCAGUCAGACUAGAUUUCCCUUUUCAUCUUUUGAAAUGUUUAUGAAUAUUUAUAAUAAUGUGCUAUGAGUGCGCGUCAGGUGCACUUGAAGACUUCUUUUAUGGGUGUAAAUAUACUGUUAUCCAAUCUGAACCACUGUUACUGUAACCUGAACGAUUGUUGUAAAAAUGAACACUGUUUACUUUGCAAAUAUGUGCGUAGUAUAUAUUUGUUAACUAAAUGAACUUUGAAAUUGUAAAUAAAGCUUUCAUUGUUUCUAAAGGAA